CCGCCCACUGCCCUCUGCGCGCUGCGUUCCGUGCUGCGCCUGCCCGCACCAUGGGCUGCCUGUUUGGGGGCGCCGCGCUGCGGGCGCUGUUGUGCGGGCCACGCUUUCAGUGCCUGCUGGUGCGCCCCAGUUCCGGAGGCCCCCCCUGGCCCCAAGAGCGGACCCUGGUUGCUGUGAAGCCAGAUGGGGUACAGCGGAGGCUAGUGGGGACUGUGAUACAACGCUUUGAGAGGCGGGGCUUCAAGCUGGUGGGGAUGAAGAUGUUGCAGGCACCAGAGAGCAUCCUUGCUCAGCACUACCGAGACCUACAGAGGAAGCCAUUCUACCCAGCCCUCAUCAGCUACAUGAGCUCUGGGCCUGUGGUGGCCAUGGUCUGGGAAGGCCACAAUGUGGUCCACAUCUCAAGGGCCAUGAUAGGACACACCGACUCAACAGAGGCAGCCCCCGGGACAAUCAGGGGCGACUUCAGUGUUCACAUCAGCAGGAAUGUCAUCCAUGCUAGCGAUUCUGUGGACGGGGCCCAGAGGGAGAUCGAGCUAUGGUUUCAGAACAGCGAACUGUUGAACUGGGCAGACAGUGGUCACCAUAGCAGCUGCUACCCUGCCUGAGGGUUUGCACUGCCUUCUGCACUUCAGGGCUUACCAGUGACCAACUACCUCUGUCAACAAGAACUCAAACCCACAUGCUUCCCAUGUCCCCAAACCACUCCCUACUCCCUCCCCCUCUGUCCAACUCCAACCCAGGGGAAUCUAAGUCUCAUCUUUAUGUGCCUUUUUGUACCCUAAACCAGCACAAUAUUGGACCAUAUCCUUGUAUUAAAAAGCGCCAGACAACCUUUGGGGCAUUGUCAAAGGUGACUUCGCCUGCCUCAAAGGAGAGACAUUAAAAUUUUAUGCUUAAAAUGGAAA